CCUUGACAUGAAGAGAAGCCAUGAAGAUCAGUUCAGUUCUGCUAUGUGUAGCUGCAGUGCUCACAAUUGCGGUCAAUGGCUGUCCUGUUGGGAGGACGUUCCUCACAGCCUUCAUGGCGAACCUCAAAGCUAGUCACCCGCAUGCGAGCCUCGAGCUGGUCAUCAUUGCACACAAGACCCGAGCCACGGUGAAGACCGUGCUCAAGUGCAGCAGCUUCACCCGCACCGUGCAGGUCGAAAAAGGGUCCAGCGCGCGAGUCCUCUUACCGCCUUCGGUCGAGAUGCAGGGCGCGGGGUCUUCGAACCAAACCGUGCUGAUCACCUCCGACGCCGACAUCUCCGUGGUCGCGUUCAACAACAAGCUGAGCUCCGGGGACAGCAGCAUAGUGCUUCCCACAACCGACCUGGGCACCGACUACAUGAUCUACACCCCCGACAUCGGCCCCUCAGACAUGGACAAGCUAGUAGCCAUUAUCAAUGGCAAGGAUGCCAACAUCAUUGUGAUCUCCCCCUACAAAAACAUGGAGGUCAGGGGCAUCAAAAACUGGUAUAAAGGGCGUCAUGUGGUCCUCACAAUGGCCCCAUAUGAGGUCUACCAGCUCCGAAGCUCUAAGACCUUCACUGGGACUCGAAUUAAAUCCACCCGUCCGGUAGCGAUCUUGGGUGGGCACCAGUGUGCUGACAACGGCAUUUCCUGCACACACAUCUACCAGCAGCUUUUUCCGGUGCAGAAGCUCGCCACCCAUUGGCUGGUGCCCGUGAUGCGUGACUCCAAGGAUGCUGUGCACGUGUUGGCCAUCGAAGAUAAGACCAAGGUCAGCAUCGCCCGAGGAAAGCAAACAAAGACUAAAGAUCUCACUGCCGGGCAAACAUGGGUUAUGGACAUCUCGGGGAAAACCCCACUUAGCAUCGACAGCAGCCAGAAAGUAAUGGUGGUGUACUUCAGCAUGAACCGCCCCUUCAAUCCAUUCUUUAUGAGUAUCCUACCGCAGUCGGAGCUGUCCAACGACUGGACCCUUGAGACACAGGCGUCAUUCGCAAGCACUGCGGUUCUCAUCUCUGAGGCAAACGGCGUCAAGACCACUCGGAUGGAUGGAAAACCACUCCCUAGACAGAUCAAGUGGAGCCCGUUCCCCACCAAUGACACAUUUCUGUGGACCAAAAUGCAACUUGGAAAAAGUCAACAGCACAUUUCCAUAACCAGUGACGCCCUUAUAGCUGUUUACGUCUAUGGUGGCAAGUGGGCCCACAGCUACAGUACAGCUGGGGUGUGCUAUAAAGGUACCGUAUCCCCUGAAACUCCAGAUGCAUGUGAGUCUAUAAAAUGCAGGGAGAAGGAACAAUGCAAAAAGGGGGUUUGCGUUCACAUCUCCAAGGCCACCUGCUGGGCUGUAGGGGACCCCCACUUCAGAACAUUUGACGGGAAGCGAUUAGACUUUCAGGGAACGUGCACUUACGCUAUGUCCACCACUGUGGGCAAUGACAAAGGUUUGACGCCAUUCACGGUUCUGAUCAAGAACAACCACAGAGGAAAUAAUUAUGUUUCAUUCGUGAGGAAAGUGACAAUCAUGGUCUACAACACGACAAUUACAAUAAGUGACGACAAAGGAAUGGUUGAGGUGAAUGGAGUCAAAAGCAACCUCCCAAUCUCUCUUGUUCAGGAUAAGUUGCACAUAGAGGAUAGAAACUCCUACGCUGUUCUGACAGCCGAGUCCUGGUUGGAGGUUAGUUACGACUGGAACGCGAAGGUCUACGUCACCGUCACAAGUAGCUACUUCGGAUCGUUGGGCGGGCUCUGUGGCAACUACAAUGGCGAUCGCACGGAUGAAUUCACCACUCCCAAGGGCGAGAGCGCUUCCACCAUCCUAGACUUUGCCAAAAGCUGGAAAAGGAAGGACGGGGACAUCUUUUGCCAUGACGACUGCAAGGGAAAUUGCCCCAGCUGCUCGGUGGCGCUUCAGGAGAAGUACAGGUCGGAGGACUUCUGCGGUCUCAUGGCGAAGAGUAGCGGUCCAUUCGACAACUGCCACAAGGUUUUGGAACCGGGCAAUUAUGUCGACAACUGCGUUUACGAUGUGUGCAUCAACAAGGGCAUGAAGAAGUUGGUUUGUGACAACUUGGAGGCCUACGCAAGGGCCUGCAACACAGAGGGAGUGAAACUGAGCAAAUGGAGCUGGAGGGAACAGGCAAACUGCUCCAUGGACUGCCCGGAGAACAGUCACUUUGAGUCGUGUGGCACCGCCUGUCCUGCAUCCUGCAGGAGUCUGGAGGGCAGCGUGUGCCCGCAGAUCUGCGUUGAGGGGUGCCAGUGUAACAAGGGCUUUGUUCUGAGUGGAGACAAGUGCGUGCCCAAGAGGGAGUGUGGCUGCAUGUACAGCGGUCAGUACUACACGUCGGGGCAGGAGUUCUGGGCCGACAGCAAGUGCACCCGCCGUUGUCAGUGCAACCCACAAACCGCGAUGGUCGAAUGCUCUCAGAAGAAGUGCAAGACGUCGGAGGUGUGCGCCUUGCGCGAUGGCGUUCGGGAUUGCUACCCAACAUCCUUUGCCACUUGCCAAGGCUCAGGAGACCCCCACUACUGGACCUUCAACGGAAAGAGGUUGGACUUCCAAGGCACGUGCACUUACUACCUGUCCAAGCUGGUCAAAACAACGGACCCAAGCUUGGUUCCUUUCGAGGUGCUAGUUCAGAAUCAGAAUCGAGGGGGAAACAAGCUGGUUUCGUACACCAAGACAGUUGAAAUCUCAGUCUAUGGAUACACCCUCAUUCUGAGCAAAGAGAUGCCCGGUAAAGUCAUGCUCAAUGGCCUGUACAGCAGCUUGCCUUUCCAACUGGAAGAUGGAACACUGUCCGCCUUCAAAAGCGGGUACUUCGGUGUGAUACAGACCGACUUCGGGCUGACGCUGAAAUUCAACUGGAACAGCCACGUCAAGCUCACCCUCCCGAGCGCCUACUCCGGGCAAGUGGGGGGCCUGUGCGGCAACUGGAACCGCGACGGCUCGAACGACAUGGUCUCGCCCGACAACCGCCCCGCCGAGACGGCCGCCGCGUUCGGCGACAGCUGGAAGGCGAGGGACGACCCCGGCUGCUCCGGCGACUGCGGCGGCAAGAAGUGCCCCGUGUGCGAGCCCGCCGCGGCGGCGCGCUACCAGCAGAGGGAGCUGUGCGGGAUGAUCGCCGACGCCGCCGGGCCCUUCAGGCUCUGCCACGACAAGGUGGACCCCCGGCCCUACAUGGAGGACUGCGUCUACGACAUGUGCCUGUACGGCGGCCACGCCUCCGGCCUCUGCGGUGCCCUCGCCGCCUAUACCUCCGCCUGCCAGGAGGUCUCCGCCACGGUCGCCGCGUGGAGGUCCGACAGCUUCUGCCCGGUUUCGUGCACAGAGAACAGCCACUACGAGGUCUGCGCGCCGGGCUGCCGGCCCACCUGCAGCGAGCUGUUCGCGCCGGUGGCCUGCGACGGGAUGCCGUGCGCGGAGGGGUGCACGUGCAGCGACGGCUUCCUGUGGAGCGGGAACACGUGCGUGCCCGUGGCGGAGUGCGGCUGCGCUCGGGACGGGCGCUACUACAAGGCGGGCCAGGUCUUCUUCCCCGAGGCCCAGUGCGACGUGCGCUGCGUGUGCCUGGAAGGGGGCGUGGUGCAGUGCAACAGCAGCUUCACCUGCGGCCCCAACGAGAGGUGCCAAAUCCGGGACGGGGUGCGGGCCUGCUUCCCCGACGGGACCGGGACCUGCUCCGUGUUCGGCGCGUCCAGCUACCGCACCCUCGACGGCCGGUCCUUCAACUUGACCGGGAGCUGCCAGUACGUGCUGGCCGAGAUCGCCUCCACGGCCGCGGGCGUUUCCUUCAGCGUUUCGGCGGAACAGGCGUCCGUCGCCGGGGAGUGGCCGGUCACCAGGAGGGUCCAGAUCAAGGUCAACGAAUACAAGAUAAGCCUGUUCCCCGGAACCAACUGGGAGGCGACGGUGGACGGCGUGAAACUGAACCUGCCUCUGUCCCUGAGCGACGACAAGCUGAAGGUCUACCAGAACGGGUUUUACACCGUCGUCGAGGCGACCUUCGGCCUGCGGGUGAGCUACGACAGCGUCUCGGGCGUCGUCGUCGAGGUCCCGUCCACCUACAGGGGGGCGAUGCGCGGCCUGUGCGGCGACUACGACGGCAACCCGGCCAACGACCUCGCGCUGCCCAGCCGGCUCCCGGCCUCCUCCACGGAGACGUUCGCGGAGGCCUGGGCCGUGGCGGCGCAGGACGGGACGAAGUGCCAGACCGGGUGCGGGUCCGAGUGCCCCGGCCCCGACAGGAAGAAGAAGGCCGACGCGGAGAAGGCGUGCGGCGUCCUGACCCAGAGGGACGGGCCCCUCUCGCCGUGCCUCGCCGCCGCCCCGCCCCAGAAGUACUUCGACGAGUGCGUCCUGGAAAUGAUGACGUGGCAGCUGGACGGCAAGACGCUCUGCCGCCACAUACAGAGGUAUGUGGCCGUCUGCCACUCCAUCGGAAUCACCGUCGGGCAGUGGAGAACCGUCACCUUCUGCCCCGUUCAGUGCCCGGCCAACAGCCACUACGAGCUGUGCGCGGACACCUGCUCCUCCACCUGCGCCUCCCUCAGCGUCUCCCCCAGGUGCCCCGGCUGUCGGGAGGGGUGCCAGUGCGACGACGGCUUCGUGUUCGACGGGGGCCUGUGCGUCCCGCUCAGCGGCUGCGGCUGCGCGGUGAACGGGCGCUACUACAAGUCUGGACAGUCAGUGGUGCAGACCGACUGCACCGAGACCUGCGCCUGUAAGAAUGGGGUGCUCUCCUGCAAGAACUCGGACUGCGACGACGGCGAGAUCUGCCUGGUCAAGAAAGGGGUCAUGGACUGCUACAGCACAGACCCCUGUGUGGUGAAAAACUGCAGGGAGAAGGAGGACUGCGUCCUGCAGGACAGCGUGGCCAUGUGCGUGCCCAAGUCGAAGGCCUACUGCUGGGCCAUGGGGGACCCCCACUACCAGAACUUCGACGGCAAAUUUUUCGAGUUCCAGGGAACGUGCUCGUACGUCCUGGUCCGGACCAACGGGAAGGACCCCACCCUUUCGGCGUUCAGCGUCGAGACCAAGAACGGCAUGCGGGGCAACCCCAAGGGCUCCUUCCUCAAGUCCGUCCUCAUCAAGAUGAAGGGUCACCAGAUUUUCAUCCCCUACAUGGACCGCGGAAAACUGAUGAUCGACGGGAUCCUCUCGAACAUCCCCGUUAGCCUGGACUCCGGCAGCAUAAAGAUCACGCAGUCGGGCAUCCGGGGCACCCUGACCUUGGACUCCGCGGUGGAGAUCGUGUUCGACUGGGUCGCCAUGCUCAUGGUGACGGUGACCAGCAGCUACUACAACAACCUGGCGGGCCUGUGCGGCACGUACAACGGCGACCAGUCCGACGACCAGACCGCGGCCUCGGGCGCGGUGGUGGCCAACGUGACGGAGUGGGCGCGGUCCUGGACCGUCCCGGACGGCGACCCCUUCUGCUGGCACUCCUGCCGCGGGGACUGCCCCAUCUGCACCGACGCGGCGCAGAAGCUGUACAGCAGCGAGCGCUACUGCGGCCUGCUGCUGACGGAGGACGGCGGCCCCUUCAGCCAGUGCCACGGCACGGUGGCGCCCGAGGAGUUCGUCUCCGGCUGCCUCUACGACGUGUGCCUCAACAACGGCCGGCAGAACGUGCUCUGCGAGGUGCUGGCCAGCUACGUGGGCGCCUGCCAGCAGGCGGAGAGCACCGUCUCCCCGAAAUGGAGGGAGAUCUCCAACUGCCCCUUCCCCUGCCCCGAGAACAGCCACUACGAGCUGUGCAGCAGCCCCUGUCCCGCCACCUGCGCCGAGCCCAUGGGGCGGGUCAACUGCUCGCUCCCCUGCAGCGAGGGGUGCCAGUGCAACGACGGCUUCGUGAUGAGCGGGAGCAGGUGCGUCGCCAUGGACACCGGCUGCGGCUGCAUGCUCGGCACCCGCUACUACAAGCCCGAGGAGACCUUCUGGGAGGACGCCAAGUGCCGCAGGAAGUGCACGUGCGACGGGGCCACCCAGACGCUGCAGUGCCGGGACAAGGGGUGCAAGGCCGGGGAGUACUGCGGGGUGGUGGACGGCGUGCUCGACUGCUACCCCACCCGCUUCGACACCUGCCGGGCGCAGGGCGACCCGCACUUCCGCUCCUUCGACGGCAGGCCCUUCGACUUCCAGGGCAACUGCGUGUACCUGCUGGCGGGGGUCAGCGCCGACGCCGACGCGGCCGAGCUGCACGGCUUCAACGUCACGCUGGAGAACGCCAACCGCGGCAGCCGCCGGGUCUCCUUCGCCAAGGUGGUGACGGUCACCGUGGAGCACACCACCUUCACCGUCAGCCAGAAUUACCCCGGGAAAGUGCUGGUCGAUGGCAUCCUGACCUCCCUCCCGUACUACGUCAACGACACCACGGUGCGGGUCUUCAAGAGCGGGCAGCUCCUGGUUCUGGAGGCCCACUUCGGCCUGAGGGUGACCUACGAUUGGUCGAGCUCGGUGCGCGUGACAGUGCCCAGCAUGUACCACGGCGCCAUGCGCGGCCUGUGCGGCAACUACAACGGCGACCCCAGCGACGACUUCCUGCUCCCCGGCGGGGGCCGGACGAGCGACGCCACGGAGUUCGGGAACAGCUACCUGGUGGCGGAGGUGCCGGGCUGCUCGCGCGCCUGCUCGGACUGCGCCGCGCCCCAGACCGGGCCCGGCACGGUCCUCCCGCCCUACGCCGCCAACUGCGACGUCAUCGCCGACAAGAACGGGCCCCUCCGGGCGUGCGCGGGGAAAGUCGACGCCGCCCUGUACCUCCAGAACUGCGUCUAUGACAUCGUCCUGAACCAGGGCCUGCAGAAGGCCGCCUGUGACAUCAUCGCCGCGUACGUCGAGGAGUGCCAGGACGCGGGGGUCCAGAUCGAACCGUGGCGAAGGAAAGACUUCUGUCCCCUGGCCUGCCCGAAGAACAGCGUGUACAGCCUGACGGCCCCGGGGUGCCCCGCCACCUGCUACGGCAUGGGCAGCACGGCGGGCUGCAGGGCGGGCGCGCGAGAGGGGUGCCAGUGCGAGCCGGGCUUCCUGGUGAGCGACGAGCGCUGCGUGCCCUUCCAGGACUGCGGCUGCCGCUACGAGGGGCGCUACUUCCACUCGGGCGCGGCGUUCUACACGGACGCGAGCUGCCGGCGCCGCUGCGCCUGCCGCGCCGGCAUGGUGGACUGCCAGGAGACGGCGUGCGGCGAGCAGGAGACGUGCGCGCUGGUGCAGGGCGUCCGGCGCUGCGCCCCGCAGAGCCAGGCCACCUGCGCGCUGUCGGGCGACUCCCACUUCCGCACCUUCGACGGGCGCGACUACGACUUCCGGGGCCCGUGCGGGCACACGCUGGCGCAGGCGUCCGAGGGCGCCGGCGCCGGCGGGCUGGAGCGCUUCCGCGUCAGCGCCGAGACCGUGCCCGGCGAGGAGGCCGCGCCGCUGCGGAGCGUCCGCGUCGAAAUGCUCGGCCUCGCGCUCGUCCUGGAGAGGGACGCCCCCUGGGAGAUCGAGGUUGACGGAAUCCGCACCAACCUGCCAGUGUCUCUCAGUGACGGGAAGCUGACGCUUUCCCAGGAGGGCAAGGGGGUGGUCUUGGAGGCCGGUUUCGGCCUGAGGUUGACCUACGACCUCCAGGGCACCGUCGCCAUCACCCUGCCGUCCGUUUACCGCGGCCAGCUGUCCGGGCUGUGCGGCGACUACAACGGCCAGCCGGGCGACGACCUGAAGCUGCCCUCGGGGGUCCAGACCGACGACGUCAGCGCCUUCGGCGCCGCCUGGCGCCUGGCGGGCGACGAGGGGAGCUGCGGCAGCGCCUGUCCCGCGGGAGGCUGCGCCGGCCCGGGCGACGGGGCGCGGGGCGAGCUGGAGGGUCCGCAGCGGUGCGGCCUGAUCGCCGACGCCGCCGGGCCGCUGGCCGCCUGCCACUCCACGCUGCCCCCCGCUGGCUUCCUGCAGAACUGCGUCUACAACAGCUUCGUCGCCGGCGGCAAGGCGGAGGACGUGUGCCAGGGGAUAGCGGCGUACGUCUCGGCCUGCCAGGCGGCAGGGGUCACCCUGAAAUCCUGGAGAACCAAAGAUUUCUGUCCAGCCCCGGCGUGCCCCGUCCACAGUCACUACGAGCUCUGUGCGAGCGCGUGCGACAGGAACUGCAUGGCCUUCUCCGGCCAGAGCAUUUGCCCCGCCAUCUGCUUGGAGGGCUGCCAGUGCGACGAGGGCUUCGUUGCCGACGGAAACCAGUGUGUGCCGCUUCUCAGCUGCGGGUGCAGCGUCAAUGGCACGUACCUGAAGAGUGGAGAGACGGUGUACGUCAGCCAGUGUUCGCAGAAGUGCACCUGCCACUCGCGCGACACGCUGGCGUGUGAAGGCACCGCGUGCCCCGCCAAGACCGAGUGCGCCGUCACCGGCGGCUUCCUGGGGUGCCGGCCCACCGAGAGCACCUGCACCCUGACCAACGGGUCCUGGGUCACCGCCUUCGAUGGGCAGAAGCUCAGAUUCUGGGGGAAGGGGCACUACCAGCUGGUCCAGUCCGAAUGCUUGGAUCCCAGCUCGGAGAGGCUGCAGGUGGGGGCGAACGUCGCCCUCACCAGGGACGGGCCGAGCCUGGCGGGCGUCCUGGCUGCGUUCGGUGGCACCAAGGUCAUCGUGCUGCCCCACAGUUUGGUUUGGGUGAACAACGAGCCGGUGCCGUUGCCGUGGCAAUCGCCGAACGGGACGCUGUCAGUGUCCGAGGCGGGCGGGACCGUGAGCGUGCAGUACCGCGGGGGCGAGGGCGCGACGGUGUCGGUGAGCGCCGGCGGGGACCUCUCGGUGACGGUGCCCAACGGCCUGCUGGACCGCGUUUUGGGGCUCUGCGCCCCCCACCGCACCCAGGCCCAGAGGGCCGCGUGGGGCCGCCUGUCCAUCACCAAGCAAGCGGCGGCGCAACUGGGCCGGGUUUUCGUUCAAAACUGGCUCCCUUAAACUGAUC